UAGCCGCCCAUCCUUCAUCGAUGCUUUGUUUUUAGACUUGUAGCUCCCACUGACAUCUGCAACGAGCAAGUUUGUGAGAUGGGCAGCAGGUGCAGACACCCAAGUCUCUUUCUUUCUUCUCUGUUCCUGCUUUACAACCUUUCCUCGUUUUGUUAUGCAGCUAGCACACUAACCCGAGGACGUCCCAUCAGGGAUGGAGGAACCAUUAUCUCUGAGGGAAACAACUUUCAGUUGGGGUUCUUCAGUCCGGUAAACUCGACAAAUCGCUAUGUCGGCAUAUGGUAUUACAAGGUUUCUGUACAAACGGUCGUAUGGGUUGCAAACAGAGAUAAUCCUGUUUUAGAUACCAACGGAGUUUUUACUAUUGGAGGCAGCGGCAAUCUGAUGGUUUUAGAUGGAAAUGGAAAUUCUCUCUGGUCCACGAAUGUUUCAGCUGUAUCGGGUAAUUCCACUGCAUAUCUCACGGAUUCUGGAAAUCUUAUUCUGAGUACUGGCAAUGACGCCGGCGACACUGGAAAUACCUUGUGGCAGAGUUUCGAUGAUCCGACGGAUACCUACUUACCAGGUAUGAAAGCCAGCUUGAAUCUCAGAACCGGCAAUACUCGCCUCUUCGUUUCAUGGAAAAGCGCCAACGAUCCGUCAAUUGGGAACUACUCCAUGGGUGUUGAUCCAGUUGGGUCUCCACAAAUUGUGAUGUGGGAAGGAUCGAAAAGGCGUUGGAGGAGCGGGCAGUGGAAUGGCCAGACAUUCAUGGGUGUUCCCAACAUGAGACCUCUUUAUAUCUAUGGUUUUAGGCUUGUAAAUGACGAAGAAGGAGGACUAAGGUACUUCACAUAUACUAUGACUAACAGCACUGACAUCCUGAAGUUUCGAAUAAGAUGGGAUGGAAUCGAGGAUCAUCUCCUCUGGAAUUCAGAGAAAAAAGAGUGGACUACUAUCUGGUCACAACCAGUUGAUGAAUGUGAGCUUUAUAAUCAGUGCGGAACUUAUGGAAUCUGUAAUCGAAUGAGCUCUCCCGUUUGUACUUGUCUUCAAGGAUUUGAACCCAAGUCGCCCCUCGAAUGGAGCAGAGGAAAUUGGUCAGGCGGGUGUGUGAGGAGAACGCAGUUACAGUGUCAGAGAAAUAGUAGUGUUGAGAAUAUCGAGGGAGAUGGAUUUCUAAAGGUGCAAGGUAUAAAACUGCCAGAUUUUUCCAACUGGGUGUCAAUUCAAGGCAGAGGUGAGUGCGAAGACGAGUGUUUGAAGAAUUGCUCCUGCAGAGCCUACGCUUAUGUAAAUGGGGUUGGAUGUAUGCUAUGGGAGAGGGAUUUGGUUGAUAUUCAGCAUUUUCCAGAAGGUGGGAAUACAUUGUACAUCCGCCUUGCUGAUUCCGAACUAGGCCAAGGUGGGAUGAGCAAGAUACUGAAAUUGGUGAUAAUAAUAAUUGCAUUAUUGGGGUUCGUCUUCCUAAGCCUAUCCAUCUACUUGUUGUGGAGGUUCAACGCAAAAAGAAAAGUGAAAGGCUCGUUGGUUAUGCCAAACAAAGAGCUACCAUUACCUGAUUUGAGCAUAAGUGAAGAGCUUUCAAAAGACUUAUCUGUACUGGGCGACGCAGCAAUAGAAGCAAAGCAAGGAGAUGGGCCCGAAUUACCAUUGUUUAAUUUUAAUUUUGUAGCAUUUUCCACAAACAACUUUUCAGAUGCAAAUAAACUUGGGGAAGGGGGAUUUGGUCCUGUUUACAAGGGCAAACUACCUUGUGGACGGGAAGUUGCAGUCAAAAGACUUUCAAGGAGAUCCGGACAAGGCCUGGAGGAAUUUAAAAAUGAGAUAAUACUAAUUGCCAAACUACAACACAGAAACCUAGUUAGACUCUUGGGUUGCUGCAUUCAAGGGGAGGAGAAGAUAUUGCUUUAUGAGUUUAUGCCCAACAGCAGUCUAGAUUCUUUCAUUUUUGAACCUGAAAGGCAAGGGAAACUAGAAUGGGGGAAGCGCUUCAAUAUCAUUGAAGGGAUUGCACGAGGGCUCCUUUAUCUUCACCGAGAUUCAAGGCUGAGAAUAAUUCAUCGAGAUUUAAAGGCCAGCAACAUUUUACUGGAUGAAGAGAUGAACCCAAGAAUUUCAGACUUUGGGAUGGCCAAGAUUUUCGGAGGAAAUCAGAAUGAAGCAAAUACAACCCGAGUAGUAGGCACAUAUGGUUACAUGUCUCCGGAGUAUGCAAUGGAAGGCCUAUUUUCAGUGAAGUCUGAUGUCUACAGUUUUGGAGUAUUACUUCUAGAGAUUGUAAGCGGCCGAAGGAAUACACACUUCCGUUCCCAGGAGCACUCAUUAAACCUUCUCGGAUAUGCAUGGAAACUGUGGAUUGAAGAUAAAGCGAUGGAAUUCAUAGAUCCAUCCAUAAGUGGCUCAUGUUCUAAGUGGGAGGUGUUGAGAUGCAUUCAUGUGGGGCUGUUGUGUGUGCAAGACUCUGCAAUGGACAGGCCAACCAUGUCAUCUGUUAUUUUGAUGUUGGAGAGUGAAACUGCCACUCUUCCUGUACCAAAGCAACCCACUUUUACUAUAGUUAGAAAUCAUCCUACAGAUGUGUGCAUAUCAGUAGAGAGCCAUGAAAUUGCAUCGACAAAUGAUGUAACAGUUACUAUGAUUGUAGGAAGAUAAUGAAUUUUGUGUCCUAAAUUCUUGGUUUGUAUAUUGCUUGAUUAAAAUUGAUUGGUUGAGAAACGAAAGAUUGCAUAUGUAUUGAUUUUUGUAUAGAUGCUAAAGCCUAAAGGCCAUUACUCAAUGUUGUUGGCCUGAAAUUUAUAAAUC